AUGUCCAGCCAGCUCAUAGUUAACGAUAUCCUUGCCGUCCUCUUCUCCGGAGGAGACGGUGAAACGUACCACUUUGCAAUCUGCGUUGUGAUCGACGAUACGACCGCUGUGAAAUACCACGCAAAGGAGCCCAUUCCCAAUCAUUGGUUUUUUGAAAGGCCGGCUCCUCUUCACAGUCUCCUUCAAUCGAGAACACUAUGUGCUGCCGUCAAGAUAGGCAAACUCAGGCCAGGCUUUCAAGUCAGCGCCCUCGAAGAUUGCCUCUCUCAAAUUCCCAUGCAAAUACCCCCGUCUGAAGUCGGCUACGAGCCUAGAUUCGAUUGCAGGGUUUGGUUCAAAGAGGCUGUCAGACGUCUCCACCAAGCUCGCAUCAUUAAUUGUCCGAACGUCUACAACUUGGAAGCAGAGUGUAAGGCGUAUGCUCAGGGCAAUGAUGCAUGCCGGGCUUCCUGGUCGGGAUAUGCGUACUACGUCUCCCGAUUCUCCGCCUGA